GAAGCCGUCGUUGGUAAAAGUAGCCGCUAGCGUUAACUACACAUACAUCAAACAUCUUUUUGAGUUUGUGACAUACACGUGACAGGGUCCAAUGCUGUCCACGGGUGAUGUCCAAGGCUGUCUCCGGAAGCUCGAAACUCUCCUUCGACUGAUAAAGUACCCUGGACAUGUGGACUACGAUGGACUUUCCAAAGGAGAUCCUUCAGCUUUCCUCCCAAUAGUGAGCUUCACCCUCAACUCCUUCUCUCCACUUUUUGCUGAGGAACUGAUGGCGUCUGGGCUGGAGCUGACUGGCAAAACCGACCUCCGGUUCACAGAUGCUCUUUACAAGGCACUGCGAGACAUCUUCCACUAUAAACCUGUACUGACCAAGCAGCAGUUCCUUCAGUGGGGUUUCUCUCAAAGGAAGAUCUCCGUCCUCUGUGAUAUCAUUAACUUGGUAAUGCAGAAACACAGCCAACUGAAGAAGCACAGAGUCAGAUGUCCUGCAUCACAGAAGUAUGGCAGAGGAGAGGCUCCUUCAACAGCGACUGAUGCAGCAGGCUCUGUGGCAAAGAGGCCAUUUGUGGUGCAUCACACAGAAAACCCUUCCACUUAUUCCACAGUCUCCUCCCAUAAUGUAACCAGUGCCUCUCAUAAUGAAGCAGCUUCUGCCAAAGCUCCUGGAGAUGGAACUGCAGAGCUGCCAGGAAGGGAGGAGGACAAAGAUUACUCUCCUCAGUCAUCAGAGGUGGAAGGACGGCUGUCGGCAUUAGAAGCUCAAGUACAGACUCUUCUGCCUGCGCUCGACAGGCUCAGCGUUUUGGAGAAACGCCUGGACGAACUGGAGAGGCAAAGAAACGCAGACAAGAACGAGGGACAAGUCAUCAGCGUAUCCAGAGAGAGCUGGGAAAACCUGAUGAGCAGACUCUUAUUACUGGAAACUAAACUAGAACUCAGCAACGCACAGAUAAGUGUCCCGCUGCCAUGCCAGUCAUUUACCUCCAGCUCCAUGUCUGACUCUUCAAAGGAGAACCUGAAGGACAGGCUAGAAAGGAUCACCCACAUGCUAAAGAGCACCUCCAGUCUCCUGAAGAACCCUGAAUCCUCCACAACGCCCUGCGAGUGAAUGAUUGUCAUCUGAGUUUUAGUUAUCGCGACAUCACGGUACUAUUCCUGCACACUUUUCUGUCUUCUCACGUUUUAUGUUUCUAAAGCUAAACACUGUUGUUUACCUGUUAGCUUGCACCGCAGCUUUCCUUGUGCUUGUAGACCAGUUGAAGAUCAUCAUGAGAGUGCAAUAAAUCACAAUGAUUCAUACUAUGUUAGCUCUCUUCCAUUAAAUUCUUAAAACUG